AUGCCAUCAAAGACGAUCCUCAUCACGGGCUGCGGCCCAAGCGGCAUUGGCCCGAGCCUAGCCAAAGAGUUCCAGCUCCGUGGGCACCGGGUCAUUGCGACAGGCCUCAACACAGAGCUCCUCGACACAUUGGCGGGCCUGGGCAUCGAGACAGUGGUCAUGGAUGUGACGUCCGAAUCGUCCAUUGCUGUAUGCGUGGCCCAAGUGCGCAAGCUGACUCGUGACUCUUCGCCGGCAGCUUCCUCGUCCAGACAACAUGCUGGUGGCCAGGUUGAGCGGGACGACGUUGCUCCAGAGCAACUCGGCCCGGAACACGGAUACAUUGACAUGCUCAUCAACAACGCCGGCACGCUGCACAUCUUGCCCUUUGCGGACACUACGGCCUCGGAUAUCAAAGGGGUGUUCGACGUCAACGUCGUCGGAGCGAUGUGUGUCACGCGGGCGUUCAUCCCGCUGCUUGUCGCUGGUGCUGCCCGGCCCUCCUCAAUGAGCGACAGCCAUGACAAGCACUGCGAAUCGGUCAUCGCAAACGUCUGCAGCAUGAACUCUGACCUCCGUCCUCCGUUUCUGUCCUUGUACAACGCGUCAAAGGCCGCGCUCGACACCUUCGGCGCGACGAUCCGCCCCGAGCUUGCGCCCCUAGGGGUCAGGGUGGUUACGCUCAAGACAGGUGCCAUACAAACAGACCUGUUUGCACACACACCCUCUUCAGAGGUGCCGAGCCAGAGCUAUUACCGCGCGGACCUGGGGGAGUACCUCGCCAAGAGAGGCAUGUUUGCGGGGACGACGUUUAUGGAAGUCGCAGACUAUGCGAAGAGUGUUGCAGGGAUGUUAUGCGAGGAGCUCGAGCGUGGGGGAGACAGGGAAGGCGGUUGGGGCUGGGGAUCGUCGUUGUGGAAUGGCGGGUGGAGGCGGAGGAGGGUGAUCUGGGAGGGCAACCUUGUCUCACUGGCCUGGGUCGUGAGAGCCGUCCGGUGGGAUUGGUUUUGGGACUGGGUUUUCACCAAAGGCAACCGGCUGGAUCAAGUCCGGCGGCCAGACUUUGGUACAAUGAAGGUUAAUCCCAUGGACUGA